AUGGCCGUCGCGAGGAGGACGAUGAGGCUCGCCGUGCCGGUGCUCGUGGCGGCGCUGCUGCUUCUGGCGGUCCUCGGCGAGGCGGCGCGGCCGCUGGGCGGCGCCGACUGGGCGGCCGCCGGAGGGACCCCGCUGCCGGGCGCGUCGGCGACCAUGGCCCAGGCGCUCCGGCGGCUGUACACGCAGCGGCUGGGCGGGCCAGGCGCCUCCUGCACCACCAACAGCCCCAACGUCCCCUGCCCGCCGUAG